AUGUCGAAUUUCUCUAAAGAUCAUCCAUCAAUUCGUGUCUUUGCACCACCGGGUGGUCGUAGUGCUAAUAUUUUUGGUGUACCUGAACCUGAAGCACCAAUGCCAAUAAAAAAAAAUCAUAUGGAAUCAGAUAUAUUUGGCUGUAAAAAGGAUAAUACUGAUUCUGUACCUGUCAAACAAACACGUAAUAUAACAAAUAAUAUAUUUGGAAAUCAACCUGAACAACCAGUUCAAAAAUCGAAUAUCUAUUCUGAUAAAAAUAAAUCAACUAUAUUUGAUGAAGCACCUCCUCAACAACCAUCAAAUAAACCUGAUCGACAACGAUCAAAUAUAUUUGCUACAAAUGAACCUGUACAAUCAGCAGCAACACGUCCAGUUUCGGAAAAAUAUAAAUCAAGUAUAUUUAGUAAUGAAGAUAAUGAUACACAAAAUAAACGUCAACCAGGUACAAGACAAGGUUUACGAGGUAGGUUACAACAAACAAAUAAUUAUCAAGAUAGUUAUCGACCAUCUAUUGCCAUAAGUAUUUAUUCACCAUUGAGAUUAAAAGAUCCAAAUGCAUCACGCAUGGGUUAUAAUCCAAUAAAUGGUGAACCUUAUUCAACUAAAGAUGGUUUAAACUCUAAAGUUGAACAAACAGGAACGACAGAAAAUGAAAAAGAAUCAGAUAAUACAAGUAAAACAUCUGAAGAACAAAAUGGCGAACAAGUAGAAAACGGUAAACAUAAAUCGGAUGAAAAUGGCCAUGCUGAUGUAUCUAAUAAUGGUACCGAAAACGGUAAUGCUACCGAAAAUGGUAAUGUUGCUGAAAAUGGUAAUGCUGAAGCAUCAAGCGAUAAGCAAACCAAUGGUCAUUCUAAUGGUAUCAAUGGACAUACCACGACGAAAAAUUCGCAUACAAGUGUUCGUGUUGCUCAUCCACCAGGUGGUCGAUCAAAUGGUCCACUUUGGUAA